CAACCAGCGCGGACGGGGGGAGCCCAAGGCGCGCCCAGGCCAGCGAAGAGAGAGAAGCCCGCCAGCGGGGGCGAGGGCGACCCCGGGGGCGCGGCCCAGCGGGACGGGCCGGGAACACCGCCCGAGGGAGGCGCCCAGGGGGCAGCCGAACGAGGGGCCCGAACCACCGCAACGGGCGCCGGGCGACGCGAAGGAGGAGCGGGGCAACGCCGAGGCCCGCCCGGAGGACCGAACGGCGCACCGGAGCCCGAAGGGAGACACCAGCCACCCGGCGGAGAAAACCCAGCGCGGCCGCGGGGACCCGCGAGCGCGGGCGGGCGGGCAGGACCCAGCCGGCAGGACCAGAGGGGAGGGGAGGAACGAAAAGGGCGCGGGAGACAGAGAGCGGGGCCGGCGGGCGCAGCGCCCGGGGCGGCACAACGGGGCGGGAAAGAGACGGCAGGACCGCGCCCGCGGCGCCGAGGCGCCGACCCAGCGCACGCGCCAGGGGGCCCGCACGCGAGAACAAGACCCCGAGAGACGGGAACGCCGGCACGGGGGGGAAGGACGCAGGCCCGACGGGGAGGGGACAGGCCAGCGGGGGCCGGCGGAGAACCAGGGCCGCAGAGGGGGAGGGGCGGAGCCGCAGCCCAGCCGCGGCACACGCGGGGGCGAACCGAGCCAGGGAGGGCGGAAGGGCGCAGACCGAGGAAGCCAGCAGAACCACAGCAGCGGCAAAAAGCAGGGGGGCAAGCCGGAGGCCACCGAACGGCAGACCCCCGCCCCCACGACGACGCCGCGAAAGCCGAGCCAGGGAGAGGACAAACAGGAGGGGGGACAAAGCGCAGCCCGGGCGGAGGCCAACCCGCACCGGAAAGGGGGCCGACGGACGGCCGAGGACCCGGACACAGCGCGCGCGGGGGGAGGACAGAGAGGGGAGGGCCCGGAGGAGAGACCCCCGCACCCCAGACGCCCGCAGCACCGCCCACAGGGACGCCCGGGGAACCCGGGCAGACGCCGGCGCCAAGGCGACAAAACACAGGGAGACGGGAGAAGCGGACGCCCAGGCCCCCGCCAGGAGCCGGGCGAGAGGAAAAAGCGGAGCCGGCGGGCCACGACCAGGACGGAAGCCGCAGGGGGCCGCCGCAAGCGGAGGGGCGACAAGCGGCCGGACCCGCCGGGCGAGGACCGGAGAGGAAACGGGCCCGGGGAGGCGGAGGAGGGGGAGGCCGCGGGAAGGGGCACACACCCGCGGAGCCCCCGGGGGAAAAAGGGGAACCACCCCCCCGGGCGGCCACGCCGGCGGGACGGGGGCCGACGGCCACGCAACGGGGAGGAGACGGGGCAACCAGGACAGGCCCGCAACACCCAGAGCCGGCAGCAGGGCGGGGCGGAGCGCAGCCACCCCCGGGGCGGGGCCACGGGGAAGGGGGGGGACGACCGCAGGGACCGCCCCCCGGGAGAGGGGGGGCGAGCCCCCGGCAGACGCCAGCGCGGCCGCGAACAGAGAGGGCGGAGGGGGCGGGGGCAGGAGGGCCGCAAAGGGCGCCGGCCAACGCCCGAACACGCCAGCAGGGGAGGGCAACAACGGCCCAGCCGGACGGGACACAGCGGGGAGGGGGCCCGGCGGCCCCCGCCGGAGGGGGCGGACAGGGGGCCAGAACAACGGGGGGGCCGCCCGAAAGGCGGGGGCCAGGGCGGCGCCGAACGGCGCCCACACCCGCGGCGGGGCCGCGGCCACGGCGGAGGCGGCGGCCCGGCGGGCCGGGCGGGACCGGGCAACGGCCGCGGGAGGCCCCCGGGAGAACAAAGCCCGGAAGGCCGCCGGCGGCAGGCGGACGGCGGCCCGGACCACCGGGGGCCACCAGGAGGGGCGAGGGGGACCGCCCCGGGAGGCACCGAGGACCGGGAGACCACAGCGCCCCGCCGCGGCGGCGGCAAGAGAGGCGGGGAACACCGACCACGCGGGGGCAAGGGCCCCAACCGCCACAGGAAGGCCCGAAAAGCGCCGCCGGAGGGGGGAGGGGAAGGCCGCCGGAACGGGGGCCGCCGCCAGACGGGCCCAGGGCACCCGAACGACACGGGGGGGCGGACCAGG